AUGGUUCCUAAAAUCAAGAAGAGCGUGUCCCACGCCGACGAGGUCCAAAUUGCCCAAGCCGAAGCACCAGAACUUGAAAGAGUCAGCUGGCUACAAGAUCCUGGCUUGAGAAAGCUUUAUUUCUAUGCCGCCAUCAUCUGCGUUGCUUCCGCGACGACCGGCUACGAUGGAUCUAUGUUAAACAACAUCCGUAUUCUGGAUCAAUGGAAAACUUACUUCGACAACCCCCAAGGGUCAAAUCUGGGUCUUCUGACCGCACUGUAUAGUAUUGGUUCUAUCGCUAGUUUGCCGUUUGUACCUUUCGUGGCCGAUCACUUUGGUCGUAAAGUGGCCAUCGUUGCCGGCUGCGUUCUCAUGAUCAUUGCAGCGGCAAUUCAGGGCGCCUCUCAGAAUCUGGCCAUGUUCAAGGGCGGUCGCUUCCUCAUGGGUUUCGGAAACAGCAUGGCCCAGCUGUCUUCGCCUUUGCUGCUGACCGAACUCUGCCAUCCUCAACACAGAGGUCGCAUCACGGCCAUCUAUAACUGCCUGUGGAACUUGGGUUCCAUCAUCAACACCUGGCUGUCGUUCGGCACCAAGCACAUCCCCAGCGAGUGGUCGUGGAGAAUCCCCACCAUUGUGCAGGGGGCGCCGUCUAUUAUCCAGAUCAUCUUCAUCUGGUGGAUCCCCGAGUCACCGCGGUGGCUGAUCUCGCGGGACCGCGCCGACGAGGCCCUCGCGAUCCUCGCCAAAUACCACGCCAACGGCAACGACCUCCACCCGACGGUGCAGUUCGAGUACGCCGAGAUCAAAGAGACACUGCGGCUGGAAUUCAUCGCCAAGAAAUCGUCCAGCUACCUCGACUUCCUCAAGUCGCGCGGGAACCGGUACCGACUGCUGCUGAUCGCCUCCUUGGGGCUCUUUUCGCAGUGGUCCGGCAACGGCCUGGUAUCCUACUACGCGACCGACAUCUACAACUCGAUCGGCAUCACCAACUCGGACACGCAGCUCGGGCUGAACGGCGGGCUGGCCAUCAUGGCGCUGAUUGUGUCGUGCACGUGCGCCAUGCUCUGCGACAAGGUGGGCAGAAGACCGCUCUUCCUGGCUGCGACGGCAGGCAUGCUUGUCUGCUUCACCGUCUGGACCAUCUGCUCGAGCAUCUACCAGGACCACCACAACAAGGGCGCCGGCCAGGCCGUCGUGGCCUUUAUUUGGAUCUUCAACUUCUCGUACGCGCUCGCCUGGUCGGGUUUGCUCGUCGCGUACACGGUCGAGAUCCUGCCGUUCAAGAUCCGCGCAAAGGGCCUCAUGGUCAUGAACUUCUGGGUCCAGGUCGCUCUCGUCAUCAACCAGUACGUCAAUCCGUUGGGCUUUGACCACCUGAAACCGAACUGGAAGCUGUACACCAUCUACACUUGCUGGAUCGCGCUCGAACUCGUCUUCGUCUACUUCCUGUACGUCGAGACCAAGGGCCCCACGCUCGAAGAGAUCGCCAAGAUCUUCGACGGCGAGGACGCAGAGGUCGGUAUCGUCGACAUCCAAAUCGAGCCCAAGGCCAUCCUGGCCUCGGGCACGGAGAAGAUCGACGCCGCGGUCGUCGAGCAUCGUAGCGUUGUCUAG